GAAGAUUUAAGUUUACUUUCUACCAGAUGAUUGAUUUAUCCAGUUUCUACAUCCUAAUUAUCAGGAUCCAGAUGAAAACCUCAUAAAAUAAAAGAGGAGACAACAUAAGUAUUUCUUCAAAUGAGACUUAUUUUAUAACACUGGAUAAAAUGAGAUGCUUGCGGAAACGUUCAGCAGUGUCAUUCUUAGGACUUCUUGUCAUUUGCCUUCUAUUCAUGAACUUGUACAUUGAAGAUGGGUAUGUCUUGAAGGGAGACAAACAGCUCAUUAGAGAAACAUCCACACAUCAACUGAAUUCAGAACGUUAUGUGCAUACUUUUAAAGAUUUAUCUAAUUUCUCAGGAGCCAUAAAUGUCACCUAUCGCUAUCUAGCUGGCACUCCAUUACCAAGAAAAAAGUACCUGACAGUUGGACUUUCAUCAGUCAAAAGAAAAAAAGGAAACUAUUUGCUUGAAACAAUCAAGUCUAUAUUUGAACAAUCCAGUUAUGAAGAACUGAAAGAAAUUGCAGUAGUGGUUCACCUAGCAGAUUUUGACUUACCUUGGUGUGACAGUAUGGUACGAGAUAUUACACAGAAAUUUGCUCACCACAUUAUUGCUGGACGUUUAAUGGUCAUACAUGCUCCUGAGGAAUAUUACCCAAUCCUGGAUGGCCUUAAAAGAAAUUAUAAUGAUCCAAAUGACCGAGUUAAGUUUCGAUCCAAACAGAAUGUGGAUUAUGCUUUCCUUCUUAAUUUUUGUGCCAAUAUUUCAGAUUAUUAUGUAAUGUUAGAAGAUGAUGUUCGAUGUUCAAAAAAUUUCUUGUCUGCCAUUAAGAAAGUGAUUACAUCGCGAGAAGGCUCUUACUGGGUGACUCUGGAAUUUUCCAAGCUGGGCUACAUAGGAAAACUCUACCACUCUCAUGAUCUCCCACGAUUGGCACAUUUUUUGUUAAUGUUUUACCAGGAAAUGCCUUGUGAUUGGCUACUAAUUCAUUUUCGGAGUCUCUUGGCUCAAAAGGAUGUUAUGCGCUUUAAACCUUCUCUGUUCCAACAUAUAGGCUAUUAUUCCUCAUACAAAGGAGCAGAGAACAAAUUAAAAGAUGAUGACUUUGAAGAGGAUUCAUUUGACAUCCCUGACAAUCCACCUGCAGAACUAUAUACAAAUAUGAAUGUAUUUGAAAAUUAUGAUGCAAGCAAAGCAUAUAGCAGUGUUGAUGAGUACUUUUGGUCCAAAGCACCUGCAGUAGGAGAUUAUUUUGUAAUUGUAUUUGAGAAACCCAUUAAUAUUAGCAAAAUUAAAGUGAGUACUGGAACAGAAGACCGACAGAAUGACAUUUUGCAUCAUGGAGCUCUGGAAGUUGGGGAAAACAUAGGAUGGAGCAAAAAGGGAAAACAAUGUGCCACUUACUUGAGACUAGGGGAAUUCCAAAAUGGAAACUUUGAAAUGGCAGAUGUGAAGCACAAAAUUCCAUUUGAUAUUCACUGUAUAAGAAUACUUGCCACCAGAACACAAAAAGAAUGGCUGAUCAUCAGGAGUGUUAGUAUUUGGACUUUUCAGCCAGUAAAUCAAUGACUCUAUGUUCCUGAACCAGGUCUUCUUUUUUAAUAGGGGAGUGCUACUGUCAAUUGGGUAGCACCAGGUACUAUUCCCCAACAGAUGACUUAAUUUUAUUAAAAAUGAAAAUCUGGGACAUUGAAAAACAAACAAAAGCAAUUUAUUUUUUACUAGUUCAGCCAGGCAAUAUAUAAACAUUAGUUUGUUGGUAUGUUUUGAAUUUUAUAGUAAAAAAAAAAGUUUUCAUCCAUGUCUUUGAAUCUCUCAAAUCCCUCUUUAUUGUUAUCCUUGGAUUUUCAAGAGAAGACAAUGCUUGAUAAGAAAAAUCCUCAUCCAAAUUGGUAGCUUUGAUUAAACAUUGUCAAAAUAAUUUGACUUCAUUAUAUCUGUGUAUUAAAGUUGAUGAAAGUUGAUACUUUUAUGCCAUGGUUAAUGUUGCUUUCAUUUUAAAUACAGUUUUAAUAAUGUAAUCUUAUUAGUGUAUUGCCAGUUGUAUUUGAAUGCCAAAAGAAAUGAUAUGGAUUAAUAUGAUAUAUUUGAAAUGUGAAGACUGAUAUGCUAAUUUAGUUGGACAAUGAUUAUUGAAAAAUAAUGGUUGACAGUGUGUUUGAUUCUGUAUUAGAACCUGGGUCCAGUUUGUUCACCAAAUGGUAUAUGUUAAGCAUUUGUGUCAAGAAGAAUGUUGGAGGUAGUUUGAAUGAUAAUUUGAUUUCCCUGGGGAACUUAAGUUCCUAAGUGUCUCAAAUAUAUCUAUCCCUCAUCAAUCAUAUCUGAAAUGAACAAUGUCACUAAGAAGCAAGUAUUUAUAGACGAGUUCCAAUGGGGUUUGGAAAAACCCUUCCCAAUGACUUGUAUUAAUGGAAAAAAUAAUUUUCAUGACACUCUUUUUAAAAAAAAAUGAUAUUGACACAUAAUAAGCCUCUAAAUAGUGCCAAUAAAAGAGCUCAGGACUUGGAG